GAGCCCUUCCAUGAAUCCCCAGAAGAAGGUGGACCUGAAACUCAUCAUUGUUGGCGCCCUUGGCGUGGGGAAGACUUCCCUCCUUCACCAGUAUGUGCACAAGACAUUUUAUGAAGAUUACCAGACCACACUGGGGGCCAGCAUCCUCUCCAAGAUCAUCAUCCUGGAGGACACGACGCUAAAGCUGCAGAUCUGGGAUACAGGCGGGCAGGAGCGGUUCCGCUCUGUGGUGUCCACCUUCUACAAAGGCUCCGAUGGCUGUCUUCUGGCUUUCGAUGUCACCGACCUGGAAUCCUUUGAAGCCUUGGAUAUCUGGCGCGGUGACGUUCUGGCCAAGAUCAUCCCUGUAGAGCAGCCCUACCCCAUGGUGGUGCUGGGAAACAAAAUCGACCUGGAUGACCGGAAGGUGCCCCAGGAAUUAGCCCAAGGCUGGUGUCAAGAGAAAGACAUUCCCUAUUUCGAAGUCAGUGCCAAAAGUGACAUCAAUGUGGUGCAAGCCUUUGAGAUGCUGGCCAGUCGGGCACUGGCGAGGUACCGCAGCAUCCUGGAGAGCCAUCUCACAGACUCCAUUAAGCUGUCACCACACCAGGCCCAGAGAAGAUGCUGCUGACUCCACAGCGGCCCUGGACCUGGCCUUCAACUACAGACUCUGGGCCCAGAACCAGCGGGCAGCGUCUCCCCUGGCUGAGCGAAGGCAGCGGAGGGCUGCCCCCUGAGAAUCAUGGCCGAACUGCAGACCCUGGAGAAGAUAAGGAUGUUCUUGGUGGCCCCGACUCUCCUGCCAGAAGGCACAUCUGGGCAGAGAGGCGAAUGACCUUCAGGUCCUGCGACCCCUCUGCCUGCCCUC